CAUUCGCUGCCUCACUUGUGACUUGCACCACGCACGUUAUGCUAUGCCUGUCCCAAUAACCCAAUGUGCCAAUGUGCCAAUCACCCCAAGGCUCAAGCACGUCUAUGAGUACUGCUACAUUAGUCGUUCCUACGGUAGGCCGCACGAUGCGACGCUCCGCCGUGCGCACCCGCCCGCCAGGCCGCACGCGCCACUUGGGCUCAGGCUCAGGCUCAGGCCCUCCCCUCGCACUCAUCACAGUCAAUCAGUCACGCACCUCACCGCACCGCCACACACGGACUCCAUGCCAAGCCAAGGGUCCUGCCGCCUACCGCCUACGUACGCACGUACGGACGUACGGACGGACGGACUGACUGUACAAUACCUGCGUACGGAGCUCGCGCACCGCACCGCACCGCACUCUAGGCUCUCUCCCGUCGACCUACAGUCUCGUCGGCACCGGCUCGUCGCCUUCCCGCCCGCAAACGCGCCCACGGAGGCAGGCCCGCCCGCGAAUGCACCCAUCCACUCCCGGGCGUCGGCGUGCGCGCGUGCGUCCGUCCGCGGCCGGCGCCGGGGGUGAGUUACCUAGUGAGGAUUGGCGAGCGAGCAAUAC